AAUCACAGCAAGUGCACAACAACAAGGAGGCUUGGAGUCAGUAACCUGGAGCAGUGAUCUACCUGAAGUUGAAUCUCAGCAGCAUGGCCCGGGUCUCUCUGCUGCUGCUGGUGCUGUUGGCCGCUGUCUCUGGCUGUGCGGCCAGAGGUUCCGCAAACCCUGGCUCCAAGAGUGGAGGGGGAUCCAAGAGCGGGGGGGCUGCGAAGGACGAGAAGAAGUGUCCUCCGAGUCUAUCCAGGGGAUGGGCUGACGAAGUGAAUUGGGUUCAGACCUACGAAGAAGGUCUGCACAAAGCCAGAAAGAGCAACCGGCCUUUGAUGGUGAUCCACCAUUUGGAAGACUGCCCUUACAGCCAAGCUCUUAAGAAGUCAUUUGCUGAGAACACAGAAAUUCAGAAGAUGGCACGUGAAGAUUUUGUCAUGCUUAAUCUUCAGUUUGAAACAGAGGACAAAAACCUGUGGCCUGAUGGUCAGUACGUUCCCAGGAUACUUUUUGUAGAUCCUUCAUGGACAGUGAGAGCAGACAUUGUUGGACAGUAUCAAAAUCGGAUGUACACAUAUGAACCUCAAGACAUUGACAUUUUGAUUAAAAACAUGAAAACCGCCAAGAUCCUGGUGAAAACAGAUUUCUAAGAGAAUUGGAAGAGGUUUAUCUUCCAUAAGCUUCAACAGUUACAUUAUUUCAUUACUUGUAACCUGAGUAAACUCAUUGUCUGGAAUCUGAUUGUACUGAUGUGUGCAGAAGAGAUGUAAAUAAGGCUCUCUCCACAAGGCCAUUUGAAACUCUAAGCAAUGACUUUUUAAUAAAUCAUUUUGAUACAGAUAGUUUCUAUGUGUACAGAUCCUGGAAAUCUCAAGAGAAUUUUUUCUCAUGUGGUUUUAUACUCUACAACUACAUAAUGUAUUUAUUUCACACUUUCUUAAACUGUAAGCUUAUCUUUUUGUUUGUUUUUUUGGAAAAUUGACAAGUACUUCCGAAUGGCACUUGACCUUUAUACUGGAGAUCAUAAGCACACAGUGAAUAAAUAAUUAAACAAUU